AUGUUUGAUGCAAUGGGUGCUGCUGGAUCAGCAGAUGACAUUAAUGCUAUGGAAAUUCACCACUGGUACACAAAGUUUAUGAAGGAGUGCCCAUCCGGUCAGCUUUGUCUGCAUGAAUUUAAACAUGUCCUGGAUCUACAUGGACUUACUCCUGAAGCUAACAACUAUGUUGAACAAGUAUUUCACACAUUUGACAUGAAUAAGGAUGGAUUUAUAGACUUCUUGGAGUUCAUAGCUGCAAUAAAUUUGGUUAUCCGAGGGAAAAUUGAACAAAAAUUGAAAUGGUAUUUCAAGCUGUACGAUGCUGAUGGAAACGGAUGCAUUGACAAAAAAGAACUAUUAAGCAUAUUCAGGGCAAUCCAGGCUAUUAAUGGCUACACCAACAUGAGUGCUGAAGAGUUCACAAACAUGAUAUUUCAGAAGAUAGAUGUGAACAAUGACGGGGAACUGACUUUAGAAGAGUUUAUCAAUGGUGUGGAAAAAGACGAGGACCUAAUGGAAUUAAUUACGAAAAGUUUUGACCUUUCCAACGUACUCAAAGUCAUACAGAAUGGCAGGAGAAACAGCGUCUGA